AUGGCCGACGUGGAAGUACUGGCUGCCCAGGCAGAUAUCAAAAUACCGCCAUCAUCUCAAGCCCCUCCCGCUUCCCAAUCGCAUUUCACGAAGUUUGAAAACUUUAUACCCGACGAUGACGCGCCGUUUGACAAGGAAUUCGCGCGCCUGGCAGCAUCCCAGGAGUGGAUCGCGGGCUCCCAGGAAUACACCAAGGAGCGUACGAUUGCUAUGCGCGCCGAGCUCAAAACGCACUAUUUUUCCUCGUCGCAAAAAAUUGAAGAACUGCCCGAAGAAGAUGCCGCCGCCGACGAGAUGACCAAAGAGGCUAUUAUACUCGAGGGGUACCAAGCCCUAUGUGGCGAGGUCGGCCUGACGCGCUACGACACCACGGAAGAAUGCCAGCGGGAGCUGAAAAAGACACUGGUCAACAUUGUAGACUUGAUUGACGCCCGGCGGACGAUGAAGGAGGUCAAGAUUUGGCAAGACUUUGAAGCGUUUCGGGCCUACACACUCAACGGCAUGACGAUUGACGUCGAAGAGGCGAAGAAGGAUGGAGGGCACCUAGCGUCUUUGCUGCAGCGGCUCAGGGGGCGCCGGGGGCGAAGAAUCAGGGGGAAAGGGAAAGAUGGGCUCAAGCGAAACAAGGUGUCGAAACGUGUUACGAAGAACCGAAAGUGA